CUCGACUCUCUCCAAUGGUUGAGAUUUGGAUUUUGAAGACACGCGAGGGGAGGGGGGAGCAUGAUAAAGUCGAUCUGACUGGAUGCAGCCAGCUGGUUCAUCCCUCCGCCCCCUCACACUCGCCAGUUUGUCAGCAUAGCUCACCCUUCAUCCAAUAUUAUCAUCGUCGGUCAUCUCCUUCCUUAAAUAACUCCGACCGACCUGAUCAAAGAAAUAUAACUAGCAACAUAAGCCAAUCGAGCUGAGUCAGCGCAUGAUGGCACUCGAUGAAACCAAGAAAUCAUUAUUACUCGUCAGCCAAUCCCAACCACCACAGCCACGUUCACAGCAGAAUACCUAUUACCACCAGCAGGCCAACCCAGCGCACUGGCGGAACCGGAGGAUCACCAAGGUUCUACUACUCUAUCUGAUCAUCCUCAUCAGCCUGGGCUUCUUCUACCUCCGAUAUCUCCACCGAUUGAUCUUCAUCGAUUACUCAGCAUUCCCUCCCCGCACCGGCCCUGUCAUCAUCCAUCCCGGCCAAGACCCGGAACUAGCCGUGCCGACCUACAAUCUCACCCACCAGAUCCUCAGCACUAGUAACACCCGGCGGCCCGGAACUCAUCCGAAGCAAGGCCCUCUGAGCGACGAGAACCUGUUAAUCGACCGGGCCAUCGACGAGCUCUCCAAGCGCUUCCAAUCAGUCUUCAUCAAGCCAUCCACUCUCAGCUGUCGGACCUCACUGGAAACCCAGGAGCUGAUCCGGACGCGAUUUCUGGACGGAAAUGAGAAGCCUAAGGGGGGACACAAGGUGAUGAUUGCACUGAACCUGCAUUCAUCCCAAGACGUGCUACCGGCUAUCGCCAAUGCAAUCCUGAACUCGCUGCGAUACCUCGGGAUUGAGAACGUGUUUGUGUCGGUGUAUGAGAACGGGUCGUGGGACCACACCCCCGAAGGACUAGGUCAUCUCGGCGCCGUGCUCACUGGACUGGGUGUCCGGCAUCACAUCCGCUCGGCGCGUGAGGAGACCAUCUGGACGGGCGUGGACCGGAUCAAGCUGCUCUCGGAAUACCGCAACAUGGCCCUGUCCUCCUUCGAGAAUGCCGACCGGGCCCUCCACGGAAUCUCUGAACUCGUCUUCAUCAACGACGUCUUCCUCUGCGCCCAAGACAUCCUCGAGCUCAUUUGGGAACGCAACUUCCAGAAGGCCGAUGCUAGUUGCGGCACUGACUGGAGAGAAUCUAAGACGAUCCUCGACGAGUAUGGAUGGACGUCCAAGUCCAACGGACCCUCGAACACUGACAACCCAAGCAAAUCCGUCGUCCUCUAUGACUCCUGGGUUGCCCGGUCCUUGACGGGCAAGACGCUCAGACCCAGGCUCGAUUUCCUAACGGAGUAUCGGGAUGGAUAUUCGGUGAUCUUUGAUCAUGAGGAUACAAAGCUGUACCAGAACCGGUUCCAGAACGCGCUAGCAGUGCCUGUAUACUCGUGCUGGAACGGGAUAGUGGCCUUGAGUCCGAGGCCGUUCCGGGCGCCCACGGGGCUCAAGUUCCGGGCGGCGGACCGCAAGAUCGACGAGUGUCCAUCCUCGGAGUGUCAGCUACUCGCUAAGGACUUCUGGUCCCUCGGCUUCGAUAAAUGGAUCCUCGUCCCCAAGGUCGCCGUCACUUAUACCCAGAAUAUCUACUACGCUGACGCCCUCGUCCGCGGCUCUAAUCGCGACCAUCGUCAACUCCCUAACCUUCUUACUCAACUCACUCAAGAUAUCGAGCCUCAAUUCUCGAGCGAAAUCGUCGAUUGGAGGAAAUAUACUAAACCUGAUACCGUCGUCUGUUGGCCCGAUAUGUAUAAGUUUCAUAUCGACUUCGAAUGGAAUCACGUGCUUGAAUCUCCCUACAACCCCAAACUGUUAUCCAACUCUUCCUCUCCCACUUCCUCCUCUGUGACUCUUCCUGACGAUGAUCAUCAUCAUCUUACUCCUCCCCAUCCAAAGUACUUCUCCUCUUCUCCUCCUCCUAGUUAGCUCCACACUUUACAUCUUUUUCUUUUGUAUUCAUCGUUCGACACUCAUCAUCAUAAAUAUGAAAACAUUCUUGUUUAUAAUUGCAUAGAAAAAGAAUUGAUUAACUUUUGGUGCUUUGUUGUAUUACUUUGAAUCUUAUAUAUAUACAUACAUACACAUAUACACACAUAUACAUAUAUCUAUAUACAGAAUGACAAUCAUGUUUCCUUUGACUUUCUCUAUCUCUUACAUAUGAUCACCUUUCUCUUCUUUUUUGUUUUUUUCAUGUUGUAUAUAUCACAAGGCCACUGUUUUCUUUUCUUUCUUACCUGAUUUAUUUGAAUACAUGUAGGUAAGUGUGUGAAUGUAUGUGUUUGGAGGAUAGGGGGCUGA